CACUUGGGAGAGAUCCUGAGGCCGGGAGAUCUGGCUCCAAUCCUCUGAGGGGAGACGGAGGUUUGUGUAACUUUACUCAAACCUGAGGGGGAGUUCGGAGUGUUUGGUCAACGGCAGAGGUUCCUGGAAAAGAUCUGAAUCGUUUCAUAACCAAACCCAGCUGCGGUUCUGCUGCGAGCUGUGUUCUCUGCCUGCGUGCGUGUGUGCGCGUUUUUAUCUCAAUGAGGUAGGAGUAAAAAAAAAAAGUCUCAGGAGGAGAGAUAGAUAGAGUGGGAGGGAAAAGGAAAAAAAAAAUCUUUUUUCCUCUUGACUAUUUUUUUUUUUAAGCAUGAACGCAGAGACCUGUGUCCCAUACAGCAACAUGACAUCUAUGGAUUCAUAUUAUAGUCCUUCUGUUGCUCAAGGUAGGGAUCACCAGACGGACCACUUUAGGACAUUUCCAGCUAGUGACACCAAAUACAGCCCCACCGCCUUCUUGUCCGGCAAAGGUCAGGCUUACGGAGAGAAGUCCCGGAGCCCCUUCCAGCAGGAGUGCCAAUCAUUGGAUGCCUCUGCAGCUGGGCAAGGCUCUUUCAGCAAAUACCACCUCUUCUUGCAGAGGUCGUCCAGCAAAACACCGCCCGCGGAGGACAAGCUGCAUCCAGAGAGAGGACACAACGGAGGACUCGUCCCGUGCUAUGGUAAGGACAGUUCUGGUCUGACAGACUCUGAUUUGGCCCCGGACUCAGAUCCUCCUGGAAUGGACUCCAGAUAUCUGGCGGUCAAGGAUCAGGGUGUCAAGUCGGCCCCUGAAAGGUCGUCUAGCAACAACUUGGCAAGUCCUCUGGAAAAAUCUGACAGUGGUGAAAGCAACAAGGGCAAGAAACGACGUAAUCGCACCACGUUUACCAGCUACCAGCUGGAGGAGCUGGAAAAGGUUUUCCAAAAGACGCACUAUCCCGAUGUUUACGCCCGGGAGCAGCUUGCUUUGAGGACCGACCUGACCGAAGCCAGAGUCCAGGUGUGGUUCCAGAACCGGAGAGCAAAGUGGAGAAAGCGAGAACGAUUUGGUCAGAUGCAGCAGGUCCGAACACAUUUCUCAACUGCUUACGAGCUCCCUCUUCUAACGCGUCCUGAGAGCUACGCACAGAUCCAGAACCCGUCCUGGAUAGGCGCCAACAGUGCAGCAUCUCCCGUCCCUGGCUGCGUCGUGCCCUGCGACACCGUCACCACCUGCAUGACCCCCCACCCCCACUCUGCCAGCGGGGUCUCCGAUUUCCUGGGUGUCCCGAGCCCCGGAGGACACGUUGGGCCUCACAUGGGCAGCCUGUUUGGAGGAUCUCCCGGCAUGUCUGCAAGCAUCAACUCAUAUGAUCUCAACAUGGAUCCAGACCGCAAAUCCUCCAGUAUUGCAGCUUUGCGUAUGAAAGCCAAAGAGCACAGUGCUGCCAUUUCUUGGGCAACAUGAUGUGUCGAUGCACACUGGAAAGCGGGAUCUUAUACAAACCCAGCAAAGAGUUUGGGGCAAUUGACUUUAAACUCAGAGGGAAAAUAUGACUACCUUAAUAAAUGCUGCAACAAAGGUAUUAUGAAUUUAGGAGAAGGAUAUCAGACUGUACCUGUUUUUAAUGCUUUAGCUGGAACAAAAAUCACCACUGUGUGAAAGUUUGAUAGAAAGAGAUGUUGUGUAGUCCUAAAGAGAGACGAAAGAGGAGGAUUUCCCAUGCACUUAUUUGCCCAAGUUCAUUGAUUGUUGUUUGUACAUUGCUUUCAGUGUAUGCUGUUUGUGGUUUGGUGCUGUUUUAUAUCUACUUUAUUUAAUUUCUCGUGUUUUUUUUUCUUUCAUUUCUUUGUGGUUUUGCUUUUGCCUGUGCAAAUAAUUCAACAAGAAACUAAAACUCAGUAUUAACAUUUUUAAGCCAAAUUUUUAUUUUUUCUUUUGCAAUAUUUUAAGCAAGGGCACACCUUUUAUCCUAGAUACUGGGGAUGUAAUAGGAAAAUUAAAAAAACAAAACAUCUGGCACAUCCAUUGAGUUAAGAUGCUCCUCACUUUCAGCACGACUGUUAAAGCAACUCUGAGGGAGAGUUUUGUUUUU